AUGAGGUCGAUGUUCGUGAGUCAUGUGUCCGUGUCAAGAAACCAAAUCCUAAGACAACAAUUUAAAACACAACUUAUUCGUCCACAGUUUUCGUGCAGGAGAAGUUUCUCUGAGGUCAAACUCUUGGGUCGAGGUUGGAGAAGAAGAAUCAAAACGAAUCGGCCUUACCCUUUAAACUGUCUUUUGUUUAUGCACGUCACCUGUUCGAUGAAAUGCCUCAUAGAGCUGGCCAUGAGAUCCCCAAGAACCCUGGAGGUUUGGAAGCUAGGCACUGUGAACUAUUUGAAAUCCCUUAAACUUCAAGACAAGUUGGUUUCGGAGAGAAAAGCGAAUCAAAUCCCCGAUACCCUCCUCUCGCUUCAGCAUCCACCAACUUACACGCUCGGAAAACGUAGAACCGAUCACAACCUACUGAUCCCUGAAGCUGAACUCGCGAAAAUCGGAGCUGAGCUUCAUUAUACUCAAAGAGGAGGAGAUAUCACUUUCCAUGGCCCUCGUCAAGCCAUCUUAUAUCCCAUCAUAUCCUUACGCAGCAUCGGUAUCGGUGCUAGGAACUAUGUAGAGGCUUUGGAGCGGUCGAUGAUCGAAUUUGCUUCGGUUUAUGGCGUGAAGGCUCGCGCAGGACACAAAGGUGAGACAGGGGUUUGGGUCGGAGAUAGGAAGAUGGGUGCGAUUGGGGUUCGGAUAUCCUCUGGGAUCACUUGUCACGGUUUGGCCUUUAACAUAGAUCCUGAUUUGAACUACUUCGAGCACAUUGUGCCUUGUGGAAUUGCUGAUAAAGAAGUUACAUCUUUGAGAAGAGAGACAGAUACUCUGCUUCCUUCAGACGAGGUGAUUCAUCAACAGCUGGUUUCUUGUUUGGCCAAUGUGUUUUCUUAUGAUGAUGUUGUGUGGAAGGAGGAUCCUACCGUCAUUUUGGAACACCCAUGAGGAUAACGAAUAAUAAUUCCAAGUUUAUAUGCGGUUAUGUUUCAGUUAUUAAAGUUUUACAGCAAAAACAUUGUUGCAGAUUCAUAUUUGAUUUGUACAAAAUAUUGUUUACAUCCUUUGUGAUGUAAGAAUUGAGCCUGCUUAUGUUUCUUAUCUUUCUUACUCUUUGACAUUCGAAGAUGAUGAUGAUCAUCAUCAUCCACAACAACAAGAGCAGCAUAAAGAACAAGGGAUGUUGUCAGCAGAAGCUGGCGAAUAAGUUUAGCAGCUUCAAAGGUAAGCUGAAGCAGAUGACGGCUAAGAAUGAAAAGAGUGUUGUUGUAAC